GCAAUGGAUCUAGACCCAACCCACCCGAAAUGCGUCUCGGUAUGGGCCAACAUUUAGAGCAGGCGAAUACUAUUCAGGUCCGAAUUCAGGUCAGGUUUGCUCUCUCUCCAUCUCACUCUCUUAAAAAAGUGGAGCACAUUCUUCAUCUCUUUCUAGGCGCAUCUGUAUCUUGGUGUGCCCGAAGGCCUCCUGCCCCUCUCUUUCUCUCUCUCAGUGUACUAAUGGCGCCUGUUUCCCCGUAAUUCGAAACCAGCAAUGAAGCGCAGGGUCCUCCGCUUUCUUUCUCUCUCUACUCUGUUCACCCCACCUCCACUUUCUCGCUCCUACGCCACAAAAUACACAGCCCACCUCACCAAAUCCUCAACCAACAGUAACCACCUCUCCAUUCAAAUCACUCCCCCCAAUGUGCCCUCUGAUCCCAGAGGUUACCCAUAUCCCCGAAAAGACAUAAUUUGCAGAGUCUUGAACAUCCUAAAAAACUCUCCAGAAUGGCCUUUCGACCUUCAAGAGUACUUUCUCUCUCUUGGAACUCAGCUCACAACACUCGAAACCAGCGAAAUUUUGAAGGGAGAGAAUAACCCAAAAAGAGCCCUUGAAUUUUUCAGGUUUUCAAGCGAAGUUGCAGGCGUUAAGCAUGAUUCUUUCACUUACAAUCGAAUUAUGACGAUUAUGGCGAAGAAUGAGAGAUUCGAUGAUGUGGGUUUGAUAAGGGAUGAGAUGGAGAGGAAAGGAGUGAGAGGGAGCAUCUCUACUGUGAAUAUUUUGAUUGGGAUUUAUGGUGGGUCAGAGAGAGAGAGUGAUUUAGAGAGAUGUGUUGGUCUGGUGGAGAAAUGGGGGUUGAGGUUUAAUGGGUACACGUUCAAGUGCUUGUUGCAGGCUUAUUUGAGGUCGGGAGACGUGGGGAAGGCGGUGGGUGUUUAUGAGAAGAUGAGGAGGGGUGGGUAUAAGCUCGACAUUUUCGCGUAUAAUAUGUUGCUUGAUGCUCUUGCAAAAGAUGAUCAGGUUGAACGUGCUAUCAAGGUCUUCAUGGACAUGAAGCGCAAACAUGUCGAACCUGACGAGUAUUCGUUCACCAUUCUCAUCAGAACAUUGGGCAAGAAAGGGAAAGCCAGCGACUUUCUCUCUCUGUUCAAAGAAAUGAUAGAGAAAGGUUGUGCACUGAACCUGAUAGCAUAUAACACCAUGAUUCAAGCUCUCCUCAAGAAUUCCAUGGUGGAAAAAGCCAUCUUUGUCUUUGAGAAAAUGGUCGAGAAUAAUUGUCGACCCAAUGAAUUCACAUACAUUGUGAUUCUAGAUGCCUUAAUUGCAGAAGGAAAGCUUGACCAACUUCACCAUGUUGUCGAAAUCUCAAAGAUAUUCAUAAAUAAAUCUAUCUAUGCGUAUCUCAUAAGAACUCUUAGUAAUUUGGGUCACACAAGUGAAGCCCACAAGUUAUUUUGUAAUAUGUGGAACUUGGGCCCGAGAGGAGAUAGAACUGCCUAUGUAUCCAUGCUCGAAAACCUUUGUAAUUCUGGUAAGACCCAAGAAGCCACGGAUUUGCUCUCUAAGAUCAAAGAAUAUGGGUUACUUCCAGAUUCAGUGAUGUACAAUAUGGUAUUCUCAGCUCUUGGCAAGCUCAAACUGGUAAAAGACAUUCUCUCUCUAUAUGAACAGAUGACGUUAGAUGGGGUUUUACCUGAUAUUUUCACUUAUAAUAUCCUGCUUUCGAGCUUUGGUCGAGCGGGUUGUCUAAAUGAGGCCGUUAACCUCUUUAGGGAGAUGGAAGACGGGAACUGUAAACCUGACACUAUUAGUUAUAAUUCUUUGAUAAAUUGUUUGGGAAAGAAUGGGGAGCUUGAUGAAGCCCAUAUGAAGUUUAUGGAGAUGAGAGAAAGAGGCUUGAAUCCUGAUGUUUUCACCUAUAGCACACUCAUCGAAUGUUUUGGCAAGUUGGGUAAGGUUGAAAUGUCUUGUCGACUUUUCGAUGAGAUGGUCGAAGAGGGAUGUAGUCCUAACACUGUUACAUAUAAUAUUUUACUUGAUUGUUUAGAGAGAAGAGGGAGAGUGGCUGAGGCUUUGAAGCUUUAUGAGAAGAUGAAAUUGCAGGGUUUGACACCCGAUUCAAUAACAUACACAGUUUUGGAGAGAUUGCAAAGUGGGUCUGGUCGGCCCAUGCGAGUACCUAAAAAGGGCUCGACAGUGGGUUGGGUUAUGAGUCCCUUGAGGUGAUGUGGGAUCAGAGAGAGAGAGAGAGAGAGGACCUUGGUGUUGUAUCAGUCAUUGAACCAGGCUAAGUGUUGUAUGAAUAGAGAGGCCCUUCAUGGGUGGAUGACUCAAUUGUAUCCAUUUUUUGACAUGUAUACUGAUAAUGGGAAAAAAUUGAGUUUUUUGA